GCAGCGUUCAGAAGAGUGUUAGUAACGAGCGACAACACUUUAUUUUUCUGUGUCUCUGGUCAUAAAGUGUCGAAAGAACGUUCAAAUUUUCACGAAUCGAGACUUUAGUAAUAAAUAUUUUUCUAAAUAAAAUGAAAAAUAUUCGCCUUUUUGUGAUAGUGGUUGCGGCGCUCUUUAUAAUAUCAUCCGACGCUAAAUUGUACAGGAUUUCAUUGUACAAGACAAGUUUCUCCAUUCGAAAAUCUUGGGAGUACGUCGAUGACAACUUAAAGAAACUUUUACUAUCACCUGAUUAUGUGAAUACAUCAUGUGUAUCCGAUUAUCUUUAUGCCGAAUACUACGGCAAUAUUACCAUUGGAACUCCGCCGAAGACAUUUAAGAUAAUAUUCGAUACUCUGACGGCAGACUUAUGGGUGCCGUCGCAAUCAUGCGACGUUAACUUUUGUUAUUUCCGUCACGGAUAUAAUAGUAAAGAUUCCAGUACAUUUAUUAAAACGAAUCCUACAUGGAUCUGCAGACAAUUCCCACUUUUAAAUAUAACUGGAUUUCUAUCUAUUGAUAGAGUGAAUGUUGCCGGUCUUAAUGUUGACAAUCAGACAUUUAUAGAAGUGACUGAUAUGUCAAACGAAACUAUAUUUCAAUCGGCAAUGUUUGAUGGUGUCUUGGGCCUGGAGUACAAUACAUCCGUCUUCCACAAUAUGAUUAAUCAAGGACUAGUGACAUCACCCAUUUUCAGUUAUUAUCUAAAUAGAGACUCAUUGGACCCAUUAAAUAGUGGUGAAUUAAUAUUGGGUGGUUCCGAUCGUAGUCUUUAUAAAGACGAAUUAACAUAUGUUCCUGUUACUCACAAAGGAAAAUGGCAAUUUACCAUAGAUAAGAUUCGAAUAAAUAGAAACAAUCUGUGCACCAAUAGUUGCCAAGCCAUCGUUGGCACUGCUUCUGGUCUAACAAUUGGACCAAUAUCAGAUAUCAAAAAAAUUAAUAAACUUCUUGGCACUAUUAAUGUAAAUGGAGAGGAUAGAGUGGAAUGUUGUAGAAUUUGUGAAUUACCUUCAAUCUACUUUUUUUGGGGGGGAAAAAUAUUUCGGAUUGCUGCUAAAGAUUACAUCGUUCGGUACGUAUAUCACAGGACGAACACCACAAUAUGUUUAAGCGGAUUUUUGGGACGGAAUUUGAAAACACUCGAUUGGAUUCUCGGCGAUGCAUUCGUCGGGAAAUAUUACACCGAGUUUGAUAUGGAGAAUGACCGAAUGGGAUUUGCUUUGGCAAAAUAAAUAACUUACAUACAAGAUGUAAAACAAAAUAAUAAUAUUUAUUA